GUAUAAAUAAGAAUCGGACGAGCGCUAGGGUUUUCCCCUGAAUUAUUUCCUCCCUCCCCGCGCCGCCGGCUCCGUCCGUUGUAGGAGAAGCAGCUUGCGCCGCCGCCUCCGUCGUCUCAGCAGAAGCAGCGAUCCCCAUCGCCAGCAGCCCAAGAAAGCAUGGAUACGCAGGUGAAGCUCGCGGUGGUGGUCAAGGUGAUGGGCCGCACGGGGUCGAGGGGUCAGGUAACCCAGGUCAGGGUCAAGUUCCUGGAUGACCAGAACCGUCUCAUCAUGAGGAACGUCAAGGGGCCCGUCCGUGAGGGCGACAUCCUCACCCUGCUCGAGUCCGAGCGGGAGGCCAGGAGGCUGCGCUAAGAAAUUUCUUCCUCUAUACCUGUCUGUCUUUGGAAGAAGAAUGAUGUACUGUUGCCUUCUUAGUCUACCGCUUUUGUUCUUUGCCUAGCCAUGUGGAGGUGUGAUGAGUUUUGUUCUGUUGCCUAAACUAAAGUGCACUUGAUGUUGUGAGACUUGAUCAUUGUUGUGCACCUCUUGGUAAUGUGAAUUGUGAAUCGUCUAUAUUGGAUCCUAUAUGAUUUGAAAUCAUCAUGUGCC